AUGGAAUAUGCCCAAAUUCUUCUCGAUAAUUUGAGCUGCUGGCCUGAACACUUCCAGUUAGUUGGAGCGCUUCACAGAGUAGAGCCUCGGAAGGCAUACGAGGAGGUGAAACAGCUAGCUCUCAGCAUAGAGCAGUCAAGAAUAAUGUUUGGUGCAAACGAAAGACGCUCACUGGCAUGGAAAAAUAGCGAAGAAAGAUCCAUAGGAGCCGAAGGAAUGAACACUUCAGGACAUAAUCACCAAAGGCAAGAGCCUAGUUACCGCGAGGCAUCCCAGAGCAGGAAAUGCUAUCAUUGCGAAAGAUUCGGACAUAUAGCACGAGAAUGCUCGAACAAAGCGUUUGGGACUAAAGAUCCCAAGAGUGAGAUCCGAAGAAAGCGACCUCAUUGGGCAAGAAUAGUGAUCCCUCUGAAAUUUCUUGGAGAACGGCGUAAUGCUCUUGUAGAUACGGGCUCUCUGAUCAACAUUAUUCCGCUGAAAGUUCUAGCAAGACCACAAGAUCGAGGCAACAGAAUGAACUUCGUAGCAGCAGUGUACGCUCAAGUUGAAACAGAGAAAGGGCAGCCUGAAAGAAUCGCAUUCCACAUUAGCCCAGAUAGAGAAGAGGAAACAAUGCAUUAG